CGUCAAGGGGAUAUUCGCAGCCAAUAAGUGUUUGAAACUUGGCUGGGAACGUAUUAUCCCGUCUUCAUGUAUCCAGACGGGCAUGCAUUCAGUUUAUUUCAAAGGUUACCACGUUUGUUCAGUUGAGGCUAGAUUUCACAUGGGCGGGAAGCCGACGAGGCAACGUUGUUGCAGAUAAUCUCAUCAUCACGCUUUUGGUAAGCAUGGAUGGCAUAACUAUUCAUCACUUAGGUAAUCCUAAUAGUACGAAUGGAAUCGAAUGCCGUGAUAUAAUUAUAAAUCUGUCGUUUUGUUGAUGUUCGAUACAGAAACACAUGAGGAACCUCUUUCCGGAAUAGCGUGAAUUGGUGUCCGUCGUCAGCACCAGGAACAAACAUCGAGCAAACAUCCAACCGCAGGCAGCGUAGAAAGACCUUCCAUCCAACACCCGCUAUCGAGACAACUAUCCUUGGAUUCCCUUUCUCUGUGAUGUAAACAUUUUGCUCGUACUCCUAAAUACCCGAGACCGGACUUUGCAAUUACUACCGGCAUACACCCCCAAGCUUAGUUCAAUCGACUCCGGACGCGUUGGUCCCUCUUCUGCCACAAUGGCAAGCCCGCCGAAUGUUCCAGAGGAGCAGAGUCGGUUGCUUGAGGACGCCCUAGGGGUUGUACGACAGCAGGCGCAUAUGAUGCGAAGAUGCCUGGAGACUCCUGGGAAGCUCAUGGACGCAUUGAAAUGCGGGUCGACGUUGGUUUCCGAACUCCGUACCCCUAGUCUUGGCCCGAAGCAGUACUACGAGCUGUACAUGGCUGUCCAUGACGCUCUCCGCCAUCUAUCCGUCUACCUUAAAGAGAGCCACCCGGUCAACCAUCUCGCCGAUUUGUACGAGCUGGUGCAAUAUGCUGGAAAUAUCAUCCCGCGCCUGUAUCUCAUGAUCACUGUCGGAACUGUUUACAUGGGAAUUGAGGAUGCGCCGGUUAGGGAGAUAAUGAAGGAUAUGAUGGAAAUGAGCAGGGGUGUUCAGCAUCCUAUUCGUGGUUUGUUCUUAAGAUAUUAUCUGUCCGGUCAAGCGAAGGAUCACCUACCCACCGGUACCGGAGAUGGCCCGCAGGGCAACAUACAGGAUUCUAUUAGCUUCAUUCUGACCAAUUUCGUGGAGAUGAAUAAACUUUGGGUGAGGCUACAGCACCAAGGCCAUUCGAGGGAGCGGGAGCUUAGGACACAGGAGAGGAAGGAGCUAGAGCUUCUCGUUGGAAGUAACUUGGUACGAUUGAGCCAGUUGAUUGAUCUGGAGACUUAUAAGACGAUAAUACUCCAGCCUCUUCUGGAGCAGGUUGUACAAUGCCGUGAUGUAUUGGCGCAGGAGUAUUUGCUGGAAGUAAUGACGAAGGUCUUCCCCGAUGAAUACCAUUUGCAUACGCUUGACCUCCUACUCUCCGCCAUAGCCAGACUAAAUCCCCAUGUUGAUAUGAAAAAGAUUGUCAUAGGUCUAAUGGACCGGUUAUCCUCUUAUGCAGCACGAGACUCGGACAAUAACGAUACCCCCGAGAGCAAGAAACAGGCGGAAGAGGAAGCGACUGUUAGGUUACUGGAAAAAUUGCGUUUAGCAAAGGAGAACGAAGGAGCGAAACCCCAACCUGAAACGGAGGUUUCUGGAGAGGAUAAGGACGCCACGACAAAGGAGCCCAACAAGGAAUCAGAUACCGCAGAAAACGGAGAACAAGAGCCCCCACCCGUUGCCAAUGGCGAAGACGAGGGAGGAUCGAAAUCCAAAUUACCAGUCGAUAUCAAACUCUAUGAAAUAUUCUUCGACCAAGUUGUUAGCUUAGUCCGAACAAGAAACCUUCCGAUCCAAGACACUAUAGCUCUAUUGGUAUCGUUGGUGAAUCUAGCUUUGAACAUUUACCCCGAGCGAUUAGAAUACGUGGACCAAGUUCUUGAGUAUGCAACAAAGAAGACAUUAGAGCAUGCUGAUAGCGCCGAUUUACACUCCAUUGCUGCACAAUCCAAUAUCUUGAAUCUACUCCUAGCGCCGAUCCGCACAUAUCUUUCCAUUUUUACUGCGCUUUCACUCCCAAAUUAUAUCCCACUGUUUGCUGCUCAGUCAUACCCCACGCGGAGAGCUGUUGCUGGCGAGAUUGCUCGAGGCAUUUUACGAAACCGGACAAUAAUCUCUACAUCGGAAAACCUCGAUGGUGUGUUACAGAUAUUGAGUGUUCUAAUAAAGGAGGGUAUGCAGCAGCCUAUUGGCUACCCGGGUGUUCAGCAGCAACGGCGCGCAGGGGAGACGGAAGAAACGAUUGAAGAACAAGGAUGGCUUGCACGGAUCGUCCAUUUCAUCCAAGGCCCAGAUAAUGACACUCAGCUUAAGCUUCUGCAAGAGACCCGUAAAGCUUAUUCGGAGGGAAACGAACGUACUCGAUAUACCACACCUGCUAUAAUUACUUCCUCCUUGAAGCUAGCCCGAAAAUAUAAGCUUCGUGAACAUUAUGAUGAUAACUGGCAAGCACAAUCCUCUACACUUUACCGAUUCAUGCACCAGUGCAUCAGCAAUUUAUAUCAACGAGUAAAUUCAGGCUGCGCUGAGUUGUCUCUUCGCCUCUUCGUCCUUUGUGGCCAAGUGGCCGACCAGGCUGGCUUCGAGGAAUUUAGCUAUGAAUUUUUCGCACAAGCGUUUACUAUCUAUGAAGAUUCCAUAAGUGAUUCAAGAGCGCAGUUCCAAGCCGUAUGCAUUCUGGCGAGCGCACUACACGGAACGAGGGGAUUCGGAAAAGAAAAUUAUGAUACCCUCAUCACCAAGGCUGCGCUGCAUGGUAGUAAACUGCUAAAGAAACCAGACCAAUGCCGUGCCGUGUACCUCGCAAGUCAUCUUUGGUGGGCCGUUGAAAACCAGCAGCAGGAGGGCGAGGACGCGAAAGAUCUAUACCGUGACGGUAAACGCGUACUUGAAUGUCUCCAAAGGGCUCUACGUGUUGCGGACGCAUGCAUGGACACAGCAGUAUCCGUGGAGCUUUUUGUCGAAAUUCUGAACCGCUAUGUAUAUUAUUUCGAUCAAGGGAACGAGACUGUGACGACUAGGUAUCUGAACGGGCUCAUCGAACUCAUCCACUCAAACCUCCAAACAAGCCAGAAUGACGGCGUGCCAAACUCUAGCCUUGAUAACCCAAAGCGCCAUUUCCAGCGCACGCUGGAUUAUAUCAAAUCACGAGAGUAUGAGGGCGUUGUGACGGAGCCAAGGGUAUAAAUUAUUAUUAUUUUCUAAGUUCUUGUCUUUUGCUUUUUUCCGGUCUCUUGUAGGGGUUGCUUUAUUAUUAUGUACAUGAAUCUGGACCCAAACUACUUUUGUGCUUUUCCCUUCCCCACACCCAGCCCCCCCCCCCCCCCCCCUUUUUUUUUUUUUUGGUCCACUUCGAGCACCUGGUUCGGCUUUGGCCGUGUGUAUCAUUCCAGAAUAUUUUUAUUCUCCAUUUGUUUAGUUUUUUAAACCAUGGGGAGUUUAGUUUGUCUGCCUUCUCUGCUGUUGUCCUUGGCUUUAUCAGUAGCGCAUUGUCUUGGCGCGCGCUACCAUCAUCUUAUUAUUUCCCAAUUCUGUACCUCUAUAAACUAUCAGUUUUCUAUUUCCCAAACCAGCCACCAGUGUAAUAAGCAAUCACAUCCUUUGGUUUUGGACAUUAGGGACAUUCUACGAUUUUUUUUUGCUUGGAGCUUUCUUCUUAUCUUUACUUGCGAAAAUACAACCCGUAAACCUGGAAAGACACUACGCAGAUGACUGAGAGGGCUUGAGUUACAAGGCGAGGAGACUGGAAUAUAUGGUCAGCUACUUGCGAGGUGGGG